UAAGAUAUGUUUUAAUGUCAUGGUUCAUAAGCAAAGAAGUAGUUCUGGAUUUUGUUAUUCCUAAAACCAUUUUAUUUGAAUCUGGUUCUAAUAAUAGUGAGGAUGUUGUAUGCACAAAUGUUUUAGAAACCAAAGUUAACAAAAAUUUAAACAAUAUCACAAAAGAAAUUGGUUUUCAAUCUUUAAAAUGCACUAUUUGCAAUAUUUCCUUCACUGUAAAAAGCAAUAUGCAGAGACAUAUCAAAAAUAAACACAAAUCAACUUCAGAAGGUCAAAUUUUUACUUACUCAGGAAAUUGUUUUUGUCUGCAAUGUGGAUUCCAAUGCAGACGAAUUAAUGAUUUAAGGAAACAUUUAUCAGUUUCACAUUCAUUACAUUUCAAAAAGAAACAUUGUCAUUUACAAAUUUUUCAGAAUUUGAAAUAUGGAAAUCUGAUGUUGAAAUAAAUUAUUCCUGCCAAUACAUUUUAACUUGUGGUGAAAAGCUGGAUAAAAGUUGUGGAAAAGUAACAUAUUAUCAAUGCAAUAGAAGUGGGAUUUACAAUUGCAUGUCAUCAGGAAAGAGACAGAUUCAAAGUAGUGUUAAAAACAGCAGGAAGAUAUGUCGCUUAGUUAAAAACAGCAGGAAGAUAUGUCGAGCAGAACAAAAAGAAUUGUUUUAUUUGCACAAAGAUUUGCGUAUUUCAUUCUCCCCGAAUGUCAGGUUAAACAUUAAAAUGGAAAUACUCGAAGGCGAAAGAAAAAACUCAAAAAUUUAUUACCAAAAUGGUUACUAUUAUCGUAAAGACAAAAAAGCAACAGAAUCGUAUGGUGGCGGUUUCAAAUGUAAGGAUGAAUUUUGUAGAAGUCGUGCAACAAGUGAACCAAGCUUAACGUUAGUACAAAUAACGCCGCAUAAUCAUUUGCCAGAUUUUGAAAAAAAAAGAAAUUUUAAAAUUAAAACAAUCAAUAAAACGAGCUGCUGAAACUACAAGUGGAAGUUUGCGAGAUAUUUUUGACCAAGAAACUGCUAGUAACCAAUCAGCACAUCACGUUUCUUUUGGAAUGAUGGAAAGCACUAUGUAUCGCAGACGUAGAUCAGUGCAGCUGCAAUUACCAGCCAAUUGCGGGGAAUUAAACAACUCUUUGAGAGUAAACAACAUAAGUAAAUUUUUAGACGGGACCAAUUUUUACAAAGAGUACGUUCGUAUAAAUAACAAUUAUGCUCACAUAUUUAUCGGGAAAACAGUCGUUGCUUCACCGACUGAUUUGCAAUGUUUUAUCAAAUGUUAUCAUUUGAUAAAACAUUCUCGGAACUACCUUAAAUGUUCCGUUGACGGAACAUUUAAGGUAGUUCCAAGAAUGUUUUAUCAAAUGAUAACAUUUGGAUACAUUUUGCUUGAUCAUUUUAUUCCAACUAUUUUCAUACUUAUGACUAGAAAAACGCAAGAGCUGUACUGUAUUCUCUUGCAUUUUCCAAAGUUGCUGAACUCGUUCCACAUUUGUCACCGUUACGGAUAAUGACGGACUAUGAACAAGCAUUGAUAAAUACCUUGGAAAUUCAAUAUCCUUUAGCUGAAAUUUCAGGCUGUUGGUUUCAUUACGUAAAUGCUGUGGUUAACAAGUGUAAACAUCUUGGAUUGUUUGGAUUUUUAAAAUUGCAAGUUCACAGUGAUUUGAAGAAAUGGAUAAGACUAUUAUUGUGUCUUUCUUUGCUACCGCCUCACCAUAUUCAGCCAACAUUAGGCAAUUUGAAUCCAAAUUUGUUUGUGGUAUCAUUAAGCAUAAAUGACUUCGCAAAAUGUCAAAGUUUAAUGACCUAUAUGGAAACAUUUUGGAUUGGGCGUAUUGGCAGUAACAAAAUUUCUGUUUUUGGUUGUCCCAGAAGAACGAACUCUGAUCAAGAAAGCUUCCAUGCCUCGCUUUUAAAACGAAUAAAGAUUGCUCAUCCAAACAUUUGGCUUUUUAUAAAAAGUAUUUACGACAUCUUAUCUUGUUUCAUGAAAAUCAGCCUCUUUUUUACGUUAGAUGUGUUUCAAGUGCAUGCAAGCAAACUUUCAAAAGUGCUGAUAGUCUAAAAAAACAUGUUCAACAAAAGCACAGUAAUUUAUUAAGAAGCUGGUCUAAUGAUAAUGAAAGUGAUCAGGGGAGUAGAAAUAAUAGAAAUGAUAACAUCAUAGAUUCAUCUGAAACAACCGAAGAAUCAAAUGAUCAAAAUAAUGUAAAAUUAGAUCAAGAUUUUAAAUGUAAAAAUAUUACUGAUAUGCUUAACUUUUUGGAAAAACAUUUUGCAUUUCUUCUUUUGCGACUCAGAGUAUUCAUGCAGAAAUUGCAAAAGAUAUACAAAACAUACUUUUGAUUACACUAAGUAGUUUUAAGGAUGUUAUAUGUCAAUAUUUAUUCAAAAAUAAUAUUUUUCCACUAGACAAUGAUUGGGCACAUAUAACAGACACAUAGAUUUUAGAAUAAAUAAUACAACUGCUGUUUUUCAAUACAUUUCAAUUCUGGAAGUUUUAUCAAAAUUAGUUUCCCAUGAAGAUGUUUACAAUUGUUUGGGUGACAGUUACAAUCAGUCUCUUUCUAAUAAUGAUUUUAUGAUGUUUUUUUGUGACUGUGAACUUUUUCAUAGUGACAAUUUUUUUUCUGAAAAUCCAAGUGUACUGCAGAGAGAAGGAAUUGAGGUUUCCGUCAAUGAAUUACGUCAACGUUUAAAAAGCAAACUUACAGGUAUAUCAGCUGAUAUGCUUUCAACUCAUGCUAUAGGAGGAUUUCAGCAGUAUUUCCAUACUGGAAGAAUUUGUCGUUUCUGUAUGGUGGACAAGUCAGAAAUUGGAAAUAACUUAAGUGAAAGCACUCUUCGUUUCAGAACACCAGAAAUUCAUGAAUACCACUUAGCUGCUAUAAUUGAUAAUGCAGCAAACAAGAAUGUGUAUGGUGUUAGCAAAAAGUGUGAUUUUUUAGAGUUAGAUAACUUUGAUGUACUUACAGCUUUCCCUCCAGAUAUAAUGCAUGAUUUAUUUGAAGGCAUUAUGCAAGUAACUUUGAAAUGUGUUAUCAAACAUUUGUUACGUUCUUGUAAUACAUUAUCAGUAAAUAAUAUAAACGAUUCUAUAAACAAAAUUCAUUUAAUUAAUUCAUCUAAUCGCCCUUGCCAAUUACCUAAAAAUAUUGCAUCAGAUAAAGCACACAUAAAUGGAACAGCUGUACAGAAAUUAGAACUUUUCCUAUUGUUUCCGCAGUUAGUCGGUAAUGAUGUACCACAUAAAAAUAUUGGCUGGGAGGUUUAUCUUAUACUUCGUGAAAUAUGUGACAUUGUUAUUGCCCCAAUUGUAGAUAGUGACAGUAUAUACAUGUUAAAAGAACUAGUUGCUAUGUUUUUGAAAACAUUUUCUAAAGUAUUUGGUUCUGAAUAUAUUAUUCCAAAAAUGCACAUGCUUGUUCAUUACCCUCGUCUGAUACGUCUUUUUGGGCCUUGACGAAAUUUUUGGUGUUUACAAUUUCAAUCUAAACAUCAGUAUUUUAAAAAAGCUGCCUCAAAUGGACGAUCUUUUAAGAAUAUUACCAAAACAUUGUCAAAGCGUCAUCAAAUGUUGCAGUGCUGGGAAAUGCUGACAGAUGAUAUGCUUUUAUCUAAUUAUACUGUGUCUGGAAACGCACCUAGAUUUUUUCAUAACUUGGAUGUUUAAGUACAAGAAGCUAUAAGAUUGUUACUUAAUUUAGAUAUAGAAGGGAAUGAAUCCAUAGUUAUAGCGAAAUCAAUAUCAGUUGAUAGUAUUUUCUAUUCUAUUAAAGCAGUGAAUGUGUUGCAUACUGUUACAGAAGAAACUGUCCCAAUUUUUUUUAAAGUGGUAUACAUUGUCUGUUUACGUGACUGUUGGUUGUUAUGUGGAAACCUAUUGACACCAAAUUGUUUUUCACAUCAUUUGCAUUCUUAUCAAGUUUUGGAUGAAAAUGAGUGGACAGUGAAGAAGCUGAAUGUGUACAUAGCCAGGUGCAAGAAUUUCCUUUUGUAUAUCAGUUGCCACUUUUUCCGGAUAAUGUUGUAGCUAAGCUACAAUGUCAAGACAAGGCUAGUUUUGGUUUAGGCUCAAAAAGCAAAGCGCUCUUAAUUGAUGCACUAUUUGAUGACUUAAAAAGGCGUGACAUUUUGUAUCCAACCAGAAGAAUAUAUUCUGCUGUUAGCUCAGCAGUUAUAUUAAAAUAUCAUUUUUUGGCUGAUUAUGAUGGAAGUAGUGUAAUGCAAUUACCAUUUUAUAUAUUAUUGAUUAUAUUUAUAUUUGUCAUCAUCUGUUAAAUAAGAAAAUUGUAUUGUAAAAUUUAAUUUAUAUGUCUAUUUCUCAUUUUAAAUAAGUAAUUUGAGUUUAGAAUACUAUUAGAGUAGCUCUUCGAAGGAAAUUUAAAAAAUACAGACAACCCCUUUGUAGCGAAAAUUCAAUUGCUGUAACAAGAAAAAAAUUUGGAAGGCCUGGUGUUUCGGGAAGAAAAUGAAAAGUAGAUCAAGUUGAAAUUAAUCAUCCUGACGACAGUACCCUCUCAAAAACAGCUCGAGUUAAGAUGUCAAAAGUAUAUAAUGUCAAAAAAGUAUAUUUUGGUUACUGUUCACAAGCUGAUUGUUGUAAGAUAAUAUACCACUCUAUGUACAGUUGUAACUUCUUUUUAUUAGUUGGCUAAUGUGGUACAAGGUGAGGAUGACAUAAGCAUAAAAAAACAUCAAGAUGCUUUAAAAAAAGAAAUAAAAAAACAGACACCAAGCUUUGAUAUAAUCAAAGAUAAAAUGAAAAGAACUUGUGAGUACAGACAACUUUUCUGCCAUGCCCACACAACUGCAGAAGUUCUGGAAGAAUUUCCGUGUUUACGACUAAAUAUUUUUUUUACAGCAGAUGUGCUUUUGCUGUAUGGUGUAGAUGUAACCAAUUUAAAAAUGAAAUUUCUAACCCUUUAUGAUGCUGUGAUCAAAGAAGCAGCCAAAAGAUGCGAAAAGUAUUGUGAAUAUUCAAGAAUGAUAAACAAACACUUAGAAGAAACUUUGGACAAUGAUAAACAACAGGAUUAGAAGGUGAUGUUUGUUACAUUGCUGUUACCCUCAUUAUUUGGGGAGAAAGAAGAAUUGUUUUUUCCCUUACCAAAGCAGGAAAUACUACUUAGUCCAGUCAUAUUGUCACAAGACGACGAGUGGAAUAUAUCAGUCGACAAGGAAGUUUUGUUUCCUAAAACUAUUUGCACUUUUUCCGCGGCUUUUCAAGCAUGGUUUGCAGCAUUUUGGAUAUUCAGCAUUGAAUUCCCAAAAGGAUUGUCCAAUACAUGUCAAUAUUUAGAAAAAGUGCUUCUUGGUGGGAAAGGAAAAGUGCCAAAUAUUGUCAGCAAAUGGGGCAACCGUCUUUUGCACUAAAAUUUAUGACUUUUGUUUUUUGUCUGUUUUUGUUGUAAAUCUUUAUAAUUUAUUUAUGUUUUUUUGUCACUAAAUUCGAAAAAACUUCUGAAUAUUUGCAAUAUUUCUAAA